UUCCGCUGCCGGGAGGCCGCGGGUCCGGAGCUGUCUCCCGGUUUUCCGGUGCCUGCUCGAGUGGAGGGGAGCCGGGCCCCGGCGGGGGCGGUGGCGGCGCUGGAGCCGGAGCCGGAGCCGGAGCCGUGCGGGCGCGGGGAGAGCCCUCCCGCCGCUGCCAUGCGGGGCGAGCCGCCCGCCUGGGCCCCGGUGCCGGCGCAGGCGGCCGCGCUGCUGGAGGAGGCUGCGGACCUGCUGGUGCUGCACCGGGACUUCGCCGCCGCCGUGGAGCGGUGUGAGGCGGGCUGCGACAGCCUGGGACCCGGCCCCGGCCCCGGCCCCGGCCACGAGAGUUUUGCAGAAGUGAAAUGCUCCCUUUGUGUUGUGGGGAUUCAGGCGCUGGCAGAGAUGAACCGGUGGAGAGAAGUUCUGUCUUGGAUCCUACAGUAUUACCAUGCCCCUGAACAUCUGCCUCCAAAAGUUUUGGAGCUGUGUAUCCUGUUGUACAGUAAAGUGAAAGAGCCGCAGGUGAUGCUGGAGGUUGGCAGCAGCUGGCUGAGGGACCACGCCAAUCAGAGCCUCCCCGAGUACGGGCCCUUGCUGGAGCUGUACCUGGUGCACGUGCUGCUGCCCCUGGGCCGCUUUGAGGGCGCGGAGGAGCUGGUCCGAGGCUGUGACGUGUUUGACAGCRAGCAGCAGCUGGCAAUUCUCAGCACCAUUUGUGAGAGCCGGUGUCAGUGGACUCAGCAGGAAGAGAGGUGCUUGGCUGCUGAAGAGCAGCAAGACCCAGCAACAGAAACUAUUCUGGGAGCACUGUCCCAAAAGCUGCUGACCAUGUUGACGUUGCUACGUAGAGCACUGAGGUCCAUGUCAAACCACUUCAAUUUGCUUCCUUACAAGAAGAUGCUCCUGGCUACCUUUUUGCUGUACCUGGUGGUGGUGAGAUUAGACCCAGCUUCUCCCACAUCACUGCCAUUCAUUUACAAACUGGUCCAGCUCUUCCGACAAGCUUGGGCAGCUGUGCUUUCUCCCAUUCAUAGGCCUCCAAUUCGAGACUAAGUAUGUUCAUCACUGAAAGUGUCACCUUAUCUUGGGGAUGAUACCAGACUCUUCAGGGACUGUUGAAAUCUGAGAUGACCACAUGUGUGGGCUCGUGGAAUUUCUUCAGACAGGGAAUGGUGGUGUACGAAUUUUGAAACCACAACAAGUAUUCCUGACAUUUUGCUUGGUCCUGUCCAACACUAGGGUAAAGCCAAUCCUUCCAUAUCUACAACUGAAUAUGAAUCCUGCUUUUCAAACACCUUGCUUUGGAUGAGUCUCUUGAGUGAGCAUUGUGUAGCCAGUUAUGAACUGUGGAAGAAGUUUUCAUCCUUGCGGAUGCUGGACAGUUCUCUAAACAAGUGCAUUAGUGUUCCUGGAGGCAUGACUGUAAAAGGCAACAGAGUGCCAGUGAUUAGGGGAAUAUUCUGUUUUGCCUGAGGAYAUCUGAAAAGCCCAGUUUUUGCAACAUGGGAUUUAGGACAAGCACAUGGAAGAAAAACACUGGAGAAAGUAAAGCYUAUCGCAUUUUGAAAGCCAUGGUUUCUCUUGUGACUGAUGCCUCUUUGUAUAGGCAUACUGGAUUUUAGUCAUAUUUAAGCCAGAAAGAUGAAGUGGUGGGCCACAAAGACUGUUGUUCUGUAUCUAUUCUUAAAUGCAAAUUACAGCACUUUGUGCUUGCCUGAUGCAUAGUCAUCCUUAGAAGCACAUGGUGGUGGYGGUGGGAAGGAUAUAGAUUUAUUUUUUUAAAUGAUAUUCUGUGUUACUGUCUAGUUGAACAACUGACGUUGUUGCUUUGUUUUACUCUUUCCCUACCUCUUGCUUUGUUUAUGUAGAUGCCAAAAAGUCUCUAUAUCUAGAAUAGCCCCCCAAAGUCCUGGGUUAGAUGGGAGUCAUUUAGCAAUGCUGUGUCAUUCAGAACAAAAGUUUAUUUUUACAGAAGGAGGUACUUCUCUGACAUCCCAAGACCUUCCGCAGAUCAGUGGCAAGAAAGUUGUACCUCUGCAGGUCUGUCAGCAAACCAAAUCCAUUUCUGACCACUUGGGGCAGAAAUUGGAAGUUUGGGGUAGAACAUUAAUUUCUCCUCUAUCCAUUCAUCCAUCUGUCUCCAACUGACGAAAGGUAAAUUCCARUGAGGGAGCACUGAUGUAACAAAAUACUGCUUUCAAACUGCUGUGUGCUGGAGGGGACAAGGUAAAGGCGAGAGGCCUGGGACAAGUAGCCCUUCAUCCCAGCRCCUGUGCCAAAAGGAUGUAGGCUCACUGAUGUCAGCCCAAACUACAAAGUGUUAUCAGAGCAGCCCUUUUGGUGGGACCACACCAAACCCAUGAAAAGUAGCCAAGUAGAUCCCAGUAUGUCUCCUACAACAGUAGUGACCUUUGGCUUUAAUGAUAACCGUACUCCAAGGUGGUGGCUGUUCCUUUUUUUCCUCACACAGGUGACCUGUUGGUACCCUUGAACUGUGUGUGAUCUCUUGAUUCGCUCUCUACUGGUGCACUUUGAAAAYAGUCUCAUCUUCACUGCUAAAACUAGUUGUCUGUUUCAUCUUAAAUUAUCCAAAAAGAGAAACACUCCAGCAUUACUGUCAAAUAAACUUGGGCAGGUUAUUCAUGAGUGCAGUAAUGACCUCAAGAAUAAAACAUAAACCAAUCCCAUGUCCCUCCCCAAAGUUAUUAUCUCUGCCAGGACUCUACACCUGGAUAAGUAGAUACAAUGCUUCAUCAUAUAAAAAAGGAAUUUUAUAAAAACUCUGCACGCAUAAGGAAGAACAGCCUUUGAGAAUGCUAAAUGGUUCUUGUAAUUCAACUGUUAGUGUAGUUAUAACUCUAACCAACACUUGAUGUGAAAUCAAGUAGAAUGAAACCCAGAAGCUCUAUCUGGUGUUGAAUUCUUCCAAGAAAUGACCAGGAUGAAUCCUCUGCACCCUUGUUUUGCAAGGYCUCAAGUUAAGUCCUUUGUAAGCCACUUAAUGAAAUGGCAAACUUCAUUCUGAAGUCAGGCCAAAUUCUCAUAAAAGUCACUGUUCAGUAAUGAGCUCUUUCUGCAGUCUUCUGGCAUCAUUUGUAGUUAGAUGGCAGAGAUGCUUUUCUGGAGCUUGGGACCAUUGGUUUCAGCAGGCCAUACAUGGUUUUUAGAAUGCUGUUAAAUGUUAUUUACCAGGACUUUUAACAUUCACCUUUCUUUUAAGUGUAGGUUGGUAACCUUAACUUUAUUGGAGUACUACUGAUUUAGAAUUUGUAUUGUAUUUAAUUCAUCACAAGAGGGCAAGAAGGCAGAAAUAAGCUAUCAGGGUUUUUUGCAAUUAAUAUUAAAGCUGCAAUAUCUAAUUUUUAUAAUAAAGUGACUACUGAUUUACCUCUUUGUAGAGUUGCUUUUUUGUGCAUGAUAACUAUAUGAAAAAUUUUGUGUUUAAUGUAUUGAUAUACUCCAAAAGAAUAUAAAAGUUUUCCACAAGUGUUUCACAACCUGCCCUCAUUGUAUAGGCAUAUUUGAAUUAAGUAGAGGAGUUGUUCACUGUGAAUCUGACGAGAUCUAAUCAACUGAUGAUGUUGAUAGGGUAUGAGUCUGCCUUUUGGGGUAGCCAAGAUCAAUACUACCAAGAAURAAGUACCUGGUAUUUGUCUUUAUUAGAUGAAUGUAUCUUUAUAUUAGAACCAACUGCAGUUCUGACCUUGAUAUAUUAG